GAUAUUAUCGUUAUGAAAACAUAAACAAAUUUAUUUUAGAAAAAUGUACUCGUAAGCUCGACAAAUACUUUAUUCGAUUUUUGUGUCUUAAAGAAUUGACACAGAUUUAUUUUUUUAUGGAAAAGUGUCUAUGAAUAAGCUACUGAUGAUUAUUACUUAUCGAAUUUGUUCUGGCAACAAUUGAAAAAUUCCAGUCAUGGCUGUGUCACUUGAUGAGGAAAAGUGGAUACAAGAAGAAAUAGAAAAGCAUAAAAUUCAGAUAAAAGCAGCAUCUGUGGAGGUUGGUGAUUUAUCAGAGAAAAAUCUGAAUGACAAGGUGUCUGAGAAACUUGAUGAUUUGUUUGAACAGACCAUGUUCAGGGAAAGGAUAAAUCUAUUCAAUAAGAGGUUAGAGAGGAGUGAGGUGAUGGUUGCUGAGUUGUUCCAGCACCCAGAGAUUGGAGAGGGAGACGCCCCUCACAAAACACCUGAGCAUGAGUAUUUGGAGAACCUUAUGGAGCGCCAGUGCUGUUUGGUGUCAGAUAUCAUGAGAACACUCAAGGAAUGUAGAAAAUACCAGGAAGAAUUAGAUGCGGUGAAAAAAGAAAACAGAGACAUACAGGUAGAAAACAGACAACUACUAAAAGAACUGAAAGAGAAACAAGAGAGUAGGAGAAAGACACAAGACCAGGAAACCCAGGGUUUGUGUGAGGAGUUGGACCAGCAGCUACAAAUGAUCUCCAUCACUAGAUGUAUACUACAGGGCCUGAUUGUAGGAAGUGGGGUUCACUGGGCUGAGAACCAGCAACUACAGGAACUGGUCCUCAAACUGGGGGAAGUCCUCCAGAUAUAAACUGUUGUAAGUCAAUGGGAUCCAGCAAUAGCAGCUUUCCUCUGCACUUAUGGAAGUUAUAUUUAUUUGUUUAUUACAUGUAUUUCUUCAGAUUGUAACAGGGUUUCAGUGGUAGAUACAGAUUUUUUUUUUAAUAAUUGAAUAUUGGAUUAUUUUUUGCCCAAGACAAAGGGCAGAAGACUACAAACUGCUUAAAUAUUUCAUUUGUAGAAAAGUAAAUACAUGCUAUACA